AUGAAGAAAGAUCGCCAAUCUUUGCUCUCAAACGAACCCUUCAAAAUAGGUGAUAUUCCAUUUAAAACAUACUUGGUGUUAAGACAACCUCAACUGGAUGAGCCUGAAAAGACCUAACUCGUUCAUCAGCUUAACGAACAUAAUGUCUAGGUUAAAGAUUAAUAGUACUAAUUCAGUGGUGUUUUUGCAAACAAGAACUCAAAUGAAGAUAUUUACAAAGCAGUUUUUCGUGAUUUGAUUUCACAUUUCUUGGCUGGAGAAUCUCAUAUGAUUUAGAUUUUGGGUGAUCGACAUUCUGGUAAGGCAACUCUAGGUAUAGGGAAUAUGAGAAAUCCAGGACUGGUACUUCUUAUUAUGCAAGAGAUCUUUAAUUUUAUUGAAGAGAAAUUUCUGGAGAACAAUAUCACUAUAAAGAUGAGUGCAUUCGAAUACGAUGAAACAGGUUUCAAAGAUUUGUUAGUUUUGGAUUCACAACCCUUCAUGCCGAUAUUUUAGAAUGGUCAAAAUCAAUUGCUUGGGAUUCCAGAAGUCAUUAUAGAUAAUUACCUUCUGGGGAUGAAAAUCUUAAGAAUUGCCAUGGUCAAUCUAAUUAAUAAAGAGUAAAACAUCCUUAGUCAAAAGUUUGCCGAUAGACAUAAAAGAACUAAUUUCAUUAUCGAAUUAAAGGCUGAGAUCAGUCCUAAUGAUGAUAUUAAAGAAUAAGUGAUCAUUUCGAAACUUAAGAUUGUCAAGUUUAGUGGUACCUUUGAGUUUGGACAAAUAUAUAAGACUAUGGCUGAUUUAACCACAAAAAGACGAAAACAUGUAGAUGUGCCAUUCAAAAGUGUAGAGUUAUUAGACUACUUUAGGGAUUAUCUGCUAAAUCAAAAAUAGACUGUUUUUGUAUGCAUUAAUAGUGAUAGUGUGGAGAGUGUUAAACUUGGAUCCUUUAUUGGGCAAAUAAUGAACAAAUCUCAAUUUUUGACCUUUUCUAUUUACUAGUAAAAUGCUCAAUUGAAGGACAUUAUGAACAAUUAAUAUGAAUCAUUAAAUUUGUUCCAUAAAGAAUUUUGCCAAUACAAUGAGAGCAAAAAGGAAAGAGGCAAAAUCAUCUUUAGUAUUCUUAUAGGAAUGGCCAAUUUAUACAAAACCAUGUUGAAGUUGUUUGAUUAAGCCAGUGAAAUAAAGUAUAAAUUAAAUUGUCUAUACUCACAAGUCAUAAGUUUUCAUUGUUCCAAAUACAAUAACAUCAUCAAUACAGAAGAUUGUAAGGAAUUCUAUUUGGCCAAAAUUCAAUUGUAUGCUAUUGAACAAGUCUAGACUGUUGAAUCUACCUGCUAAUCCUUGGCGAUUGAACUCCUAAAUGAUCUAUUUUCAAAGCAUUAGCAAUUGAUUAAGUUAAGAAAGGAAAUGAUACAGUUUGGCAAACAAUUUAAUAAAUAUCAACAAUUAUCCUAAUAUGACUUGCAAAGAUUAAAUAAUACUCAUCAAUUGGUAACCAAAUUAUUGAUCAUCUUUGAGCAACGAUUAGGCUACAACAUCCUAAAUUAAAUUGAUCUAAAAUAUUAUCAGAUGUUUGAUAAUGUAUUUGAUAUAGCCUCAUUUUAUAAAGAGGAUGUAUAGAUAUAAAAUCAGGAUAUUCAAAACUAAACUCAGACUUAAACCGUUAAGAAGUAGACUUAAUUGAAUACUACAAAAUUCUUUAAGCCCACCUUGCCUAGUAAGAAGGAACCUCCCCAAAGACAAAGAUUCACAGAUGUAGUUUAGUAAUUAUUCCAUGAUGAAAAUACUAAGGAAUACUAUUCAGCUAAAUCAGUAUUUGGAUUAACAAAAAUAAAUGAUCACCCUCAGAUGAGGUAGACAGUUAAAUCAGAACUAUUUGAUAAAUUGCAAUCUCGCCAAACAAAUAACAUCAAAGCCAUAGUAUUGGAAGAGCAGAAAUAUAGAUUCUUUAGAUCUACAGGAGUGGGAUUCAUCAAGAACUCUUAUAGGACUGGUAACCUGAGAGCUUAAUCAUAGAUGCUACCUAGAAUUGUUUAAUUCGAAAGUGUUGAUCAUACUAAUUAAAAUUAAUAAUCAUGA